GACAAUAAAAGGCAGAUUAAAGUGAAGUGUAUUUUCUUUUAUCUUAUCAUCCUAGUCAUUUUUAUAAAACUAAUAACACAAUUAAUUUCUAAUGUCGGGUGAAAGUUCUAAAGGGUCAGACAAAAUGUUUUUUAUAAUUUUUUCGAUUUUAGUUACGUUUUCACAGGCAUCCGUGUGGGACAACUUAACUGCAAGUAUCGCAGUUGUAGAGUACCAACCCGUUUACAAUAAUGUAACAUCUCGUGACAAAGUAAUUGCAAACAGCGUAAACUAUAUGACGCAAAUGUACGAAAUACGGGAUAAAACAAAAAUUGACAUGAUCAUAUUUCCGGAAGCCACAUUGGGAAACAAUCCAGAAACCGCGGUAGAAAUUGAAAUUGGCGCCUCUUGUACCACUACCACAAUUUGUGUAGAUGCACAAAUACAUGCCGUUCCAUACACAGCACUCAUGUUUCAAACUUACGUUGUCGUAAAUCUGGUCGAAAAGUCUAAAUGUGACGAAUCUGAUGAAAGUCAAAAUUGUAAAGAUUAUGGUUUUCACUUUUACAACACAGACGUGGUGUUCGAUCGAAGUGGUACAAUCAUUAACAAAUACCGAAAGUAUAAUCUUUUUGGCGAAAGAGAAUUAGACCAGCCAGAACAACCUGAUCAAGUUAUUAUUAAAACCGACUUUGGUGUUACUUUUGGAAUAUUUACUUGUUUUGACAUUUUAUUCAAAAGUCCUGCGCAGGAUUUACUUAACCAGGGUGUAGAUGCGGUGAUUUUUCCGACUAUGUGGUUCUCAGAAAUCCCAUUCCUAACAGCAAUACAAACACAACAAAUGUGGGCUCAAACUCAUAACGUCACACUUUUCGCUGCCGGAGCUAACAACCCUGCCGUUGGGAGUGGUGGCAGUGGGGUAUACAGAGGUGCGACAGGGGCCGUAAUACGUGAUGUUAUUGCAGAGGGUGGAACGCAAUUUUUCAUAUACGAGAGUAAAAAUGGGGAAGUUGCACCUCUUCCAUCUGAAGAUACUGACUCUCUAGCUAAGCAGAUGGAUGGUUUUUACUUGAAAAGAGAUCCCAGUAUUGAUGAUUAUUCUUCACAGAUUUUGAACACGUCUGCUACCACAGACUUCCAAACUGAACUUUGUCACGGAAACGAGACAAAUGAAAGUCAAAUUUGUUGCAAUUUUACCAUUAAGAUGUCGGUUGUAAAACCAGAAACAGAUUUAAAUUUCUACACGUACCAUUUAGUGGCUUAUUCUGGCGUUCGUUCGUAUGAUGGAGUCUACAAUGGCAGUAUAGACGUAUGCGCUGUAAUCGCAUGUUUGAAUUCUUCAUUAUCUUCAUGUGGGGAAAGAUUUUCUAAAUACGAAGAAGUCCAGUGGCCUGUGACUUUUGAAGAGAUUUUAGUUAAGGCGAAUUUUGAGAAAACUGACAAUAGGACGCAAUAUCCUAACUCUUUGUUGAGCUCCAUACGUCCUAUAGAUGCUAGUAAGACAGUCUGGAAUGCUGUCAAUGUAGAAGACACGGGAACAAAUUUAAUUGAAAGAAGUUUCUCAAUAGCAGAAAGUCAAAACCGUCUGUUAACUUUUGGAAUUUAUGGAAGAAAUUUUGAUUUGGAUCCGGCUAAUAGUAAUGAUGAUGACGAUGAUGACGACGGUAAAGGUUUUGCUACAAGUAUUAUGAUCUCAGGAUACACUCAUGGGAUAAUGUUAAGUUUUUCAUUUCUUUUAGUUGUUGUUACAUUAAAAUAGAAACAAAUAAAUGGCUAUAAUACCUAGCAAACAGUUGUAAAAAUUUCGAAAAAUAUAACUCGUUGUAACAA